AUGGGCAGAAAAAGUAAAAGAAGUAAAUCAAGAAGGGAAAAGCAAAGAUCUUCAAAAAUAGCAGCAAAAGAAGGUAUAAGCAAUGAAGAGCUUACUGCAGAUAAAACAGCCAAAACAGCGGCAGAGCAAACAGCACCUAAUGAUUCCAUCCAAGCGUGCAGUCAUUCGGCAGAAGAUUUGUCACGAAAGAGCGAUUUGACCAAAGUUGGAGAAAGUGGCAAUCAGCCUCUCGAUACAAAAACGAUAGUUCUUGAAACGUCAUUGCCGGAGGAACAAACAGAAAGUGUCGAGUUGGUAUCAGCAAAUUUAGAAAGGAAAAUAGACGACGAAGAGCAGCAGAGCCAGAAUUAUAAUGAAAGCACUUCAGGGAUUUGUGCUGCGGGAAUCAGUAGUGAUGUAGAAUCAAGCGUUAUAAGUCACUGUUAUGAAACACCAGAAACAAGUGUACCGGGAGAAGAUUCUGCAAAAAUUUCCCAAAACUCUGAGAAGACGACUGAAAGUCAUUCAAAUGACGAGCCACCCAAAAAAGAAACUUUUGAGGGAAACGCAGCUAACUCGGAACAGACAACCCCCGAGGUAAUUCUGCGACCAGAGGAUUUUUCAAAGGCUGUUGAGCCUAGUGCUACUCUUUCAAGUGUUUCAGAAAAGCAAGACUCUGUUGAAUUUAAAGAGGAUGAUACUCGCACAAAAGAUGAUGAGCUAAACGAAGAAAAAGAAAUAAGUGUUCCAAAUCCCGUAACCGCGGAAAAAAUUGCGGGAGAUUACCAAAUUCCUUUGGAAUCUCCGACAGGUGCUCCCGUUAAAGCGUCUCACGCAAGUUCAGAAGAAACUGAUUUUGGGAGUGUUCUGCACGGCGUCGCUGAGAACGUGAAAAAAGCCAUUAAAGUCCAUAUUUUUGGUGAAUCUCCUCGACAGAACUACAGCGAAGUAACUGGGGAUUCAGCUUCUGCAGCACCAAAAGCAGGUGACAUGAGAGAAAAUGAAAAUGAUUUGAACAGCAGUGAAGAACUUGCGAAUGCGUCUUCAACGAUUCUUGAAUCUCCCACUGAGGAGACCAAGAAGGCUGAAAGUAGUGCUAGAGAGAUUAAUGAAGAUGCUGGUGCGAUCAUUCGACCUGCAGCCAACUCCCCAACUACCGCUAAUUUAGUGGAUAAUUUAGCAUCAGAAAAAGAUUCUUCUGAACCAGGCAAGGGAGGUGAAGUAGCAGUGUCUAGAUGUGCCAAAAAAGCAGCAGAAGAUGAUCAAAAAAAUUCCGAAAUUCUGGAGAAACUGCAGAAAGCCAUAGAAAAAAGUGACGUUCCUGACGAGCGAGAAGAUGUUGGUGAGUCAAUAAAUUGCCAGAAAUCACCAGCUGAAAAAGAUAAACCGGAAUUGAGCAGUUUAAAAGUUUCAAAAUUACAACAAGUGGGAACUAAAAAUGGCUCGGCAAAAUCUGUUAAUGAUAAAGACAGAGCGAAAUCUAUAACAAAUUGCGGUGCCACUACCACUGAUACGAUGUCGCUGCACUCACCGUCGCAGUCGCUUGGUGACAGUUCAUCAUUACACUCGGAAAUGACUUCGUCGAAGUUUGAUACUGAUACAACAUCAGUAACUUCCCAAGAAUUUUCGCCUGGAUCUGCUACGGAACUAAAUCGUGAGCCAUCAGAUUCGAAAUUUCUGGGUGCUAUCUCAAAGCUGAAGAGCAAAAAGUGGAGAAAAUCCAGAAGUGAUGGACGGUCUUCUUCUAGCGUUGGCCUUCACUUUAGUUUUGGGCAAAAAGUAGGAGUUGUUUAA